AUAUUUGUUUGCUCGCGUAUUUCUCCAGGGAGGUAUAGCUGACACUGUGCAGCCGUUCACAAGAAUCAAAGAUCUACGUGAACGCCUUGCCUUCCACCAUGAGCGGGCUGUCAGGUCUCACUCAUUCCUUCGCCCGCAUGAUGGGCACAUUCUGCGGCGUCAUCUGGGACACGCGGACCGACUGGAGCGACGUUCUGGCCAUGAAGGGCGCCCGUGAGGUGCUCGAGGGCGUCAAGUACCCGGACGACGCCACCAGGCGGUCUCUGUACGCGUCCUGGCUCCGCGUACUCGCCUCCGACGUGUGGCAGGACUCAUUCGACCACCUCAUGCUCGAGUGCGUGGCUGCCACGCCGUCUCCUUCGAACCCCGAGAAGCCGCUGUACGCGGAUAUCUUCAAGGCCCACGAUCCCAUCGACCGGCACUUCCCCGACGUCGUGACUCCCGUCUUGAACCCCGAGAAGAGGCCGCGACUGUUCUCGGGCAAACGGAGGGCCGUCGAGCCGCUUCCUUCACUGCCGGGCUUCGUGGACUUCGUGGCGGACCUGCUGCGGAAGAGUCAGGACUCUAGGGCGGCCCUCGACGAAGCCGGCUUGAUCAUCGGCUUCUGCAGCCUGGCGCUAGCCACGGUCGUAGCCAAGCCGGCGGACCUGCGGGAGUUCUUGCAGACCCGCUUGAAGAGCGCGCUUGCCGCGGCAGUGCCGACGUCGUUCGAAGGCGAUGUCCACUGCCCGAGCGAAAGAUUCCUCUCCCAACUCACCCAGAAGGCGCACUUUAUCACCAGCCAGGUGAAGCCCUUCAUUGUGCUGCUGGUGCUCGGUCAGUACUGCUUCCACGCCGGCGCGAAGGAUGCUGCACCGAGUGCCGACAUGAAGUUCUUGGAGCAAGGCUUCCUGGAGCCAGCAAAGUUCGGCCAACUGGCGAUUGUCGAGCUGCUGUACAAGGCGGAGGAAGAAACGGGGAUCCCAGCUGCUGUGCUCAACAGGAAGCUUUGUGCAGAAUAUUUCCCACGCAGUCCAGAGGUCACGAUAACCAGCCAACGUGUUGAAGCGUUCCUGAAAGGCGGGGAAGAACCGAAGCAGCGAACCAGACCGUGGUGCCGUGCUGCCAACCGGCACUUCUUCAUGUACCUCAACUUGGACAUGAACUUGCCCUACGCAAUAAGGCUGACGGCGAUGGUGGCGUCAGACCCUGACCAUCAGCUGUGGCAGCGACCGGAGUACGCCCGAGUCCCUGCGUAUGAGAAGGAUAGGGUGCAACGGUGGGCCACGAACUUCAAGCGCGACUACCGCCGCGAAAGGGUCGUGGAGGAAUCUGCCAAGCGCGACACCAACCGCGGCCGCCAUGACAUCGUUUAGCGUUACGUGCCUCUUAGCGGUCAGCUGAAGUCAGUGUGCUUUUCUUUCAUUACGUAUGUUUUUCUCACCCGCUUUUAAACUAACGUCUUUCUGUUAUUAAGAUAUUUCAACCACGUACUGCCCAAUAGGAAUAAAAGCAUCGUUUUUUUCUCAAAAUUCGUUUUGUGAAUACCGAUCUUUAGAAAUUGAGUCCCCAAGCAACCUUGCGAUACCUAAAGCUGCAAGCACCGCUUCCGUUCUUUGUGUUUAUGGUGCCUUCUUAUAACACGAAGCAUUUGUACGCUCAUCCCAUGCAUUGGCCGGGAGAUACGUAUGCGCUUGCGUCGCAUAGUUUCGGAUUCUUUCAAUAAAACA